ACGUGUCGGCGGUGCUGGGGAACGAGAUUUAGCUCGUGCACGCACUUCUCCGUCAUCUCCCCCUCCAUUCCAAUGCGCAAAGACUUAUCUUAUCAUUUGAUCAUAAAUCCACGAAUCCGAAAUCUCUCCUCCUCCCCUGCAACUUGUCACAGAGAGAGAGAGAGAGAGGCAAACGAGAGGCUCUCGGAAAAGAAGGACAAGUGGCCUCGAGAGUCGAGAUUCUCAUCUCCUCUCCUCCGAGCAUUCUCCUUUGCCUCUUAAAAGCCGCGACGGGAAACACACUCAAACUCUGGGAAGGAAGGCACGGGAAGAGGGAAAGGAGCGUUUUUUAUUUAGUUUUUUUGGAUGGCGAGUUGGGUUCUAUCUGAAUGCCGUGGUAUAAGACCGCUCCCGGCGGAUAACGCCCGACCCAAAUCCAGGCUCCAGCCACCGCGGCGGAGCCUCCCCUGUCCGCCUCCCCGCGGCGUGGAUUUCCACCGUUCGAUCUGCCUCCAAGGUCGGGCAUUCCACCGGGACUGGGCGUGGAGGGUGAGUUCGCCGCUGAGGGUGGCGACGGUGGAGGAGGAGAGGGAAGGAGGGGUGGUAAAUGGGAAUGAGAAAGAGGAGCCGGAGUUCGAUCCCGCGAUGCCACCAACGUUCGGGCUGGCGGAGAUCCGGGCGGCCAUCCCCAAGCACUGCUGGGUGAAGGACCCUUGGAGAUCUAUGAGCUAUGUGGUGCGGGAUGUGGUCGUUGUGUUUGGGCUCGCGGCCGCCGCCGCCUUCCUCAAUAACUGGAUGGGGUGGCCCCUCUAUUGGGUGGCUCAGGGCACCAUGUUCUGGGCACUCUUCGUUCUUGGCCAUGAUUGUGGGCACGGUAGCUUUUCAACCAAUCCGAAGCUGAACAGUGUGGUUGGGCAUUUGCUCCAUUCGUCCAUUCUCGUGCCUUACCAUGGCUGGAGGAUUAGUCACAGGACUCAUCACCAGAACCAUGGGCAUGUCGAGAACGACGAGUCGUGGCACCCUUUACCUGAGAAGUUAUAUAGGAGUCUGGAAUCUGCAACUCGGAUUCUGCGUUUCACAGUGCCUUUCCCAAUGCUUGCGUAUCCCUUGUACCUGUGGAAAAGGAGUCCAGGGAAGACAGGUUCACACUUCCAUCCAGAUAGUGAUCUAUUUGUUCCAAAUGAGAGGAAGGAUGUGUUAACAUCAACUGCUUGCUGGUCAGCAAUGGUGGCGAUGCUUGCAGGAUUAACAUGGAAAUUUGGCCUUGUUCCAAUGAUUAAACUGUAUGGAAUUCCUUAUUUGACUUUCGUUAUGUGGUUGGAUUUUGUGACAUAUUUGCAUCAUCAUGGGCAUGAUGAGAAACUUCCCUGGUAUCGCGGAAAGGAAUGGAGUUAUCUCCGUGGAGGGCUGACAACACUAGAUCGGGAUUAUGGAUGGAUCAACAACAUCCACCAUGAUAUUGGGACUCAUGUGAUCCAUCACCUCUUCCCGCAGAUACCACAUUACCAUCUAGUGGAAGCUACUGAGGCAGCAAAGCCGGUGCUCGGAAAGUACUACAGAGAGCCUGAGAAAUCUGCUCCUUUGCCAUUUCACCUAUUUGGCAUCCUAGCAAAGAGCUUGAGACAUGAUCACUAUGUUGGUGAUACUGGAGAUGUUGUCUACUAUCAGACCGACGGUCAAAUGAAAUAGUUUUCAACUGAAGUCAAGUUGAAACUUGGUUGACUGGCAAGGGAAGACAGCUGAUACUCUCUCCAGCAUUCCUCAAAGCCGGAAUUUUUGUGCCCGGCUUCCACCUAUUAUCCAUUCUUUUCUCUUCCAAGUAAAAGGGAAGAGAUUGGGAAAUUUGUCCUCAGUUGAAUCUUUUAUGAUAUAUAUCAAACACGAAUUUGUAUUUGUUAAGUUGCUUGGAAAUAUCAUCAUGUGGCAAAGCUUUUUCUUUUUCUUUUCGAUGAUAAUCAGCAAAGCAAAGCUAUAAUUGUUUGAUGUGAAA